CAAAUUAAACCAUGACUCAGGUACGGUGGUCUAGUCCAUGCUCCGUUAUCCAAGAGACAAAACGUUCAACAUAUCUCAUCAACCAAUCAGAAGGCUUCUUCAACCACCAAUCAGCAGCAAGCUUCGUCAGUUUCGACUAGAUCGCCGUUCAAUCAAUUGUCUCCGACGAGCAAUCGCUGUUGGCCACCCUUGGGAGGGACUAGAGACGGGAUGCAGGCAGCUGCUGUUCCUUCAGCUGAGGCCAGCGUUAUAGAGAGAGCUACCCAGAUCGUUAUGAAAAACAAAUCGUUCAGACCUAGGGAGAGAGGUGCGGGUGGAAAGAAAGGACUGAAAAAUCUACAAACGGUGAAAACUUUGGCUGGUCGAACUGCCAAUGUUAAUGUCUCAUCGUCAGGGUCCACAGGAGGCGGAAAAGGGCGUAAACAACCGCUAACAGUGACGGCACAAUUCCAACACAGUCUGCACAGUCUAAUGGAUACACUAAACCAGGCCAACCCGUUCUUCAUAAGAUGCAUUAAAAGCAACGCCGACAAGAUUCCGAACAAAUUUGACGACGAGACGGUUCAGCGACAACUGAGGUACACGGGAAUGUUGGAGACCGUCAGAAUACGACAAGCCGGUUACAAUGUGAGGUUAUCCUACGACGAAUUUAUUCAACUUUAUAGGAUACUGCUGCCCAGGGGAUUGCUCAGUUCGCAGACGGACGUACGCGAGUUCCUUCUCACGCUAAACCUGAACCGUGACAACUACCAGACGGGCGGCAGCAAGAUAUUUCUGCGCGAAUGUGAGAAGUUAAAGCUGGACUACAGGUUGCAUCAGCAGAUUGUCGCCUCCAUUGUCGCCAUACAGCGAUGGUUUCGCGCGCUGCUACAGCGGCGUCGGUUCACCCGCAUCAGGCAGGCUACUCUCAUACUACAGUCGUACUGGCGAAUGUGGGCUGCGCAGAAGUUUGCCACGCACUUGCGACAAAUGGAGACGGCCGCUGUUCGCGUGCAGAGCGCAUGGCGCGCGCAUCAUACGCGCACACUCUACAGGCGUCUGAGAGAGGCGACUAUUUCAUUCCAAGCACACUGUCGUGGUUAUCUCACAAGACAGAGGCAUGCUAACAGCAACAAGAUGCAACAGAAGCAAAGCAAGGUGCGAAUACAAUCAGAAUCCUCGACUAUGGAUCCUGAUCAGGAUGACCAACACUAUGAAACUAUGAAAAGACUGAAAGCUCUAUCUGCCAAUGACAACGAGACUAGAGAAAUAAGGCUCGGAGACCCAAAUAAAGAAAUUUUGGGAGUUGAUACGAAGAAAAAGCAACGAAAUGUGCCAAAGUCGCUGCCUGACGAAUUGUCAUUAAUCAAUAAAGUGGAACGGAAAGGGAGCUGUGACUCAUUGGCUUCCCAACGCAGUAAUGAUUCUCAAAGCAACAGUGCCCCAGUGAGGGACACCCUGUAUCGUGCCAAAAAACAGAUUCAAGCAUUGAUGGGAAUUGUGAAGAAAGACAGCACCUCACCAGUAAGUCCAGUGGAGGCAGCUGGUCACACAUCACAUGGUCUCAGUGACAUUUUGUCGCACUGUCACAGUGACGCAUCCCAGUGCCACAGCGACAGUGAAAUGGAGAGCAACUUUGAGUGGAUGCGACAUUGCACACCAGCGACAGUCAUCGAGUACAUCACGCCAACCGUGGACCACAUCAGUAGCACGUCUACAUCGAAUUCGCCCACAUCGCCUAUGACACAGAAACAUCCGGCCCGGAGGACCAAAUACCAUCCCACCCGGAGGGCCAGGGAACACUUGCCAAGCAUUCCUACCACUGUCAUCAACUAUAUUACACCUACCAUCGAUCAUAUAAGUUCCUCAUCCAAUUCACCCACAUCCCCUAUGGGUCCCGCACGUCGCUGCGAAUCGCACGAGCCGACGGCACCGCGACGGACUGCAAGACGUGUCUUAGUGCAGGCAGAUAGUGACGUCACUCAGCUAAAGCAUAGCUCUAACCAAGCACCUAGCAGCCAGGACUUGAAACGCCGCAACAGUGACCCUCAACCGCAGCAGCAGUCUCAACCGCAGGCCGCAACUGCGGCAGCCAAUAAACGCGCAUCGCAGCCGCAGGCACAGCAGCCGCAAUCUCCACUAUCGCCGCUAGAUGUCGACCGCAAGAGCAUCACUCUGGUCACCAUAGCCGGACACCAAUUUCGGAAAGUGGCUCGAUUCGCAAAGGACGAUAAAUGUCAAUACUGUUCUAAAGCUAUGGAUGCAUUGCUAGCAGAAGGUCAUAAGUGUACAGACUGCAAACAGCUGUUCCACGUGAAAUGUAUUCAAAAUGGCGGCGUAGUACAGCUUCCGUGUCGCGGCAGUGCUGCUUCAGUGACGUCUUCAGUGACGUCAUCAGUGGCACGUCGCAAACAACUGCGCAAACGCAGUGCAACUUCAAGUGCACGCACCCUGCAUUCAGGUGGAAGCUCGUUGCACGGAAGCAGCGCGGACAGUGCACGCGCGCUGCAUGCGAGCGGCGCGGAUGCUGCACGCUUGCGGCACGCACAGUUCAGUCUAACCGGCACAUCUGAAUUCACGGAUCGAACUGACAAAAUUAUCUCCGAUGUUCGCGAACUGCAGAAGAUGCAGGACUUCAUCACCGAGAAGGUAAUCAAAUAAAUAAAUAUAGAUAAAUAGAAAAUUAGCUAUACUUCCAUUGAAAAAUGUAUAUGUCUACAAAGUGCUCAGAAACUUUUUUGAUAGAAGC